ACCCCACCCUAUCAGAAAUGCCUCACCACCCCCCCAUCUUCUUCUUCCUCCUCAUCCUCUGUUUCUUCUCCACACUAACCCACCAAUCACCACUUCUUCCUCUCCACCCUAACGACCACAAAGCCCUCCUCCAAAUCCACACCCACCUCAACCUCCCCCACCCCACCACCAACUCCACCUUCUGCAACUCCGCCGCCGGAAUAUUCUGCAGCCCAUUUCUUUCCAACGCUUCUUCUUACCUUCUCAGAGUCACCCAUCUCGUCCUCCCCUCAAAACACCUCCAAGGAACCCUUUCCCCCGCCAUUGGAGACCUCUCCGAGCUUCAGCACCUCUCCUUGCCACACAACCACAUCUCCGGCCAAAUCCCACCCCAAAUCACCCACUGCCACAACCUCGAGAUCCUAGACCUUAAAAACAAUCACUUUUCCGGCGAGUUUCCGGCCGGGUUGUCGUCUUCCUUGAUCCACCUCCGUGUCCUGGAUUUGUCCUCGAACAAGCUUGAUGGCAGCCUCGAUUUCCUGCAAUCUUUUCACAGCCUGUUAGAACUCAAUCUUGCUGACAACAACUUUGUAGGAAAAUUACCUUCUUUGACGAGGUCUUGCCCCAAUUUGAGAUUCAUAAACAUAUCCGGCAACAGUUUGAUCGAUGAUCAGAAUCCGACAUCUGGAUUGGCAGAGAAAUAUGGCAUCAUCCCCAAAAGAUAUGUCUACACCGAAACCUCCGGACAGGGAAAUCAAACUGGUUCGGCAUCUACAUCGAAUCAUAAGCACAAAAGCAGCAGAAAGAAGGCAGUAGAAUGGAUCCUCAAAUUCCUGUCGGGAAUUUUAGCAGGGGCCGUGUCCGGAUUAGUGCUGGCCUUGCUUUUCAAGCUGAUCAUGCACUUAAUCAAGAAUCAUAAAACAGACACAAGACUGACAAUUUUCAGCCCUGUGAUCAAGAAUCCCGAGGAUUUGGCGUUCCUAGAUAAAGAAGAUGCAUUAGAAUCACUUGAGGUGAUAGGAAGAGGAGGAUGUGGGGAGGUUUACAAAAUGGCGUUACCUGGAAGCUCCGGGAUCGAAAUAGCCAUAAAGAAGAUAAUUCAGCUCCCUACAAAUACAGGAGAUCUUAUAGAAGAAGACAGCAAGAUGUUAAACAGGAAAAUGCGGCAGAUAAGGUCGGAAAUUCAGACCGUAGGUCAAAUUAGGCACAGGAAUUUACUACCUCUUCUGGCUUAUCUUCCACGGUUGCAUUGCCAUUACUUGGUGUACGAGUACAUGAAGAAUGGCAGCCUGCAAGAUUAUCUCAAACUUGUAGCAGACGGUAAAAGGGAGCUGGAUUGGUUGGGACGACACAAGAUUGCAGUGGGGAUUGCGGCAGGGCUUGAGUAUCUCCACAUGAAUCAUAAGCCUCGGAUAAUUCACAGGGACCUGAAACCUGGAAAUGUUCUCCUGGAUGAUAAAAUGGAAGCCCGGAUCGCGGAUUUUGGGCUAGCUGCGGCAGUACCUGAUGCACACACACAUGUUACCACUUCAAAUGUGGCAGGAACAGUAGGAUAUAUAGCACCAGAGUAUUACCAGACGUUUAAGUUCACUGAUAAGUGCGACGUAUACAGCUUUGGUGUUGUGCUUGGUGUUCUUGUCAUCGGAAGGAUGCCAUCUGAUGAGUUCUUCCAGCGGACAGAUGAAAUGAGCAUGGUUCAAUGGAUGCGGAAAAUGAUGACUUCUGAAGAUCCGAGAAGGGCAAUCGACCCAAAGCUGUUGGGAAGUGGCUUUACGGAGCAGAUGCUCUUGGUUCUCAAGGUUGCCUGCUUCUGCACUCUGGAUAAUCCCAUCGAGAGGCCGGAUAGUAGCAAUGUCCGAGCCAUGCUGUCUCAGAUAAGCCAUUAGUUCGAAAACAGAGAGUAUGGAGUUGUGAAGUGUAGUGAAAUGUGAUUGAUGAUAUUGAAUGAUCACUAAGGCCAAGAAUUGGAUUUGGAUUUGAAA